UUUUCUUGAAGAAAAGGUAAAGAAAGUCGAUAUCUUUAGUCAUCAAUCAUCAUCAUCAGCGGAAUUGAAAGAUCCCUAAAGUUUGAUAUUCAAUUAAAUUGUUUUCCUCUGCAAUGUCAUCAUCAUCAUCAUCAUCUUCACAAUCCACCAAUGGGGAGGAGGUGGUAUAUAUGAGACAGACAAAAGGAGCUCCUUUUAAGUUUUUGGUUCCCCUUAUCUAUGCUCCUGUCCUUCCUCUCAUUCGACUUACAUUGAAGCAUAAACCAGUAUUGAGGGAUCGAUUGUUCACAGCGGUUUUGGUUGGGGCAUUUGCUCAUGGAUCUUACUUGGUAUCAGAUCUGUAUGACAGCGAGAGCAAAUGAACCAGCAAAUCAUCUCAAAAGCAGCUUUUGGUGUGUGUCGGUAUAAUGCAGAAUGCUACUCUGGUAAUGGCAUAAAUGAAAGUUUACAACUUGUUUAUGGUUGCAUUCUUGAGAUCCAUUUUUUGUUGGACUUAAUUGGUAGUUAGCUCAGAAUAAAAUAAGAACAGGGGAAAUCAAUGUUACCAAACUUUAGAGAUGAAAACUCAAUAUUCUUGAUUAAUGAGCUUGAAAUUUAAUCCCAAA